UUUUCGCUAGUUUUGAAAUUUAAUCAACAACAACAACAACGAAUCUGAGACUGAUUUCACAAUUUUCUUUUGAACAGUCCACUUUGAUGAUGCUGGCAUGGAGGGAAGUCACAUCCCAAACCAGCCCAAUCCUAGAUUUGGUUUUGUUCAAAAUCCAGGAGGAAUGCACUAUGGAUCUGGUAUAGACACAGGACAGAAUUUAUCCACACCAGGACAGAGUUUACCCCCACCUCCACCUCUUGUCAGACAUGGGAAUGCCUCAUCAUCAGCUACCACAUCUUCAUCAGAUAUUUUUAAUGGUGCUUUAGAAGAUCACUUCAGAAGGUCACUUUAUCCCUAUCCUUCAUCUAGUGUAGCUUCCAGAAAUGGCAGCUCAGCUUCCGGAAGUAUGGGGAGCAGUAUGGGUAACAGUGUUGGAAGCAGUAUGGGCAGCGGUAUGGGUAACAGUGUUGGAAGCAGUGUGGGCAGCGGUAUGGGUAACAGUGUUGGAAGCAGCAUGGGCAGCGGUAUGGGUAACAGUGUUGGAAGCAGUAUGGGUAACAGUGUUGGAAGGAGUAUGGGCAGCGGUAUGGGGAACAGUGGUAUACCCAACCAAUCAAAUACUAGAUUUAGAUAUCAGAAUCCUGCCCAGACAGGUGCACAACAAUAUGGACCUAAUUGGCGAGGUCCAAACAUGAGACAUCCAGGGACAGUGACAAAAGGUCAGAAUGAUCAAAUGUUAAGACAAGCUCUAGGUCAUGAGUACAACAUUUCACUUAUGCAGCAAGAUAAACAAACCAACUUUGCAGUUAGUCAAGGUCAAGGUCAAUUUCAUGGUGUAACUGGUCAAGGAUAUAUGUACAGAGACUUGACAAAUGCGCUAAAUGUUCCUGGUGCCUUAAGGGAGAGAAUAGAUCCAAGGUUCCCAAGCUCAUGUCGCAUGCCAACUAAUACGACACAGAAUGUAGCUGGAAAUAUGAGAAAAACUGGUCAAAGUUUUGCACCAAACUUCAAUAACUUUACUGAAAUGCAAAGAGCACAAGGUUAUGGGUCUAAUACAAAUCAGUAUUCCUUGAAUCAGGGAGUUCCUAUGCCCCCACCGGCACAUCAGAAUGGUCCCAGGAUGCCACCACCUGCUCAUCAACAACAGUCUGGAACCUUGCUCUCUCAUGGUCAAGGUCACAUUGGUGUUAACUCCAGACAAGCUCAAGUGAGUUCUGCCUAUGGCAUGGUGUCCCAGGCUCAAGGUCAUUACGUAGGUGCAUCCAUGCAAGUACAUAUUUCUCAAGGUCAAGGUCACGUGGGAAUGAGCUCAGGACAGGGUUAUAUUUCUCAAGGUCAAAAUACUUACAGUGUAAAUCAAGUACAAAGAGGACAGGAUCUUCUUGUACAAGGACAAAGUAAUUUUCAAGGUCAGGGUCAGCAACGAACUAGAUCUGUUAGUGGAGGGCAAGGCAUUCCAUCUGGCUUGCAAAAUCAAGAAAGAUUCGUCAAGGCUAUUGAGGCAGCAGCCUCUUUGGCACAGCUUAGUAAUACCGGUGAUUCUGAGUCUAAACUUAGACUGCUUCAUUUAAAAGACAAACUUGAGAAAAGUGGGAUGUUGGGCCCAGGUGAAUCAUUGCCUUCUUUCCUUGCUAAAUAUGCUUUACGAGAAAAGAACAGAUUUUUUGUUCAGCAACAACAAGCUCACGCAAACAAUCCAAAUAUGCCUGCCCAAACUCCAGUGAGUGGGACUGUCUCAGCACCUGCUCAGUCAGUGAAGGGUCAAGCAGAUGCCUCUGCUAUACAGUCAGCAUUUGUUAUCCCCCAGUCUCAUGAAGCACAGGACAAAGCAGUUCUUGGACGUUGGUAUGCUCCACCAUCAGCAAAAACAGGUUUGCCAACACAGACGCCAGGACUGGCAAGAAGUCCGUUAGCAGGACAAUCUGUAACCAUGGCAACAGCUACCGCUACCACCAGCGUCUCCUCUAAUAUGGGUACUGAGGCAACUCAAGCAACAGGGGAACCAUUUGUGUUAAAACCAACUGUAUGCAAUGAAGAAGUUAUUGAAUACAAAGUAGCAGAUUUGUUACGUUGCCUUCCUCAGUCAGUAAGGUCACGGCACACUAGCAGUGUUGACUCAAAUAAAAGCACUGGACAAUCAAUAUGUGACACUCAUCCGACUUUAAAUCAAGACAAAAAUGAAGCCAUUUCUGAUCAAAGUCAACAGAGAGAACGACCAACGUCACCCAUGCAUACAUCAGAAUCACCAGUAAGAUCAGUUGAAAAAGAGACUCACAUGUCUGGACUGCCUGAAGAAACAGUUGAAAACGAGGUUGCUAAAACUGCAUCAAGGGAAGGAACUCCUGGUUCAGAUGAGCUAGGAACAAAUUCUCUUGAUAUAAAUAAACAAAAACUUUUUGAUGAAUUAGUGCUAGACUCUCAAUUUGGAACCCAGGAUAUGAAUCCUGACAUAGAUUUUAGAAAUUAUCUCCCUUCCCCUGGACUUCCUGCUGAUUUUUCUCAAACACCUUCACCUGUAAUAAGAGAAACAGAAAGCCCAUUUGUAUUUCCGACCAGUUGUCAGACAGAUACUGAUUCAAGUGUGGUUACCAGGUGUCAGAGUCCAGAGUUGUCUGGCCCUAGUGAGAAAGAAUUGGACAUUAAUACUCUGCAAGAUACAGGUGAAAAAGAACCUAGUGUUGAAACAGAGGUUUUACCAAAGCCAACUGUUGAAAUUGACAGAGAUGAAUCACCUGUUAGAAUCAGUAAAAAGAGAAAACUUAGCUCUGUCAGUGAUAGUAAUUUAGGAAAAUUGCCCCCACCUUUAAAACGUCAAAGAGGUCGUGGACGAGGCCGUGCACAUGGCAGAGGAACUAAAGCUAGAGGAAAAGGAAGAUCAUGGGCAGUAAACCUAACACCAAACAGUAAACAGAAUAAGCCUGUUAGAGGACUGAGGAAACAGACAGCUAGACUAUCUAGAGGACGAGGAAGAGGUGGUAGGGCAAAACCAGCAUCGGUAACAGAAGUGUACAACAGUCCUGCCCCAAAGAUUGAGCAGUCAGAAUCACCAAGUGUUGCAGGACUAGAUGGCCAAGUCAUACAAAAACCACAAGAUCUGAAAAAAUUAAUGGACAAUCUGCCUCAUGAGGAGUUGGAAAAAACAACAGUUAGUUUAUCAACUCUGAAAAUGAUGUUAGCAUGGUCAGAGGCAAAAGAGAAUGCUGGACCAGAAGAUGAUGAAGAUAGUGACACAGUUAGUGUUACUAGUGCUGGUGAUGCAGAAAAUCAAGUGAAAGAGAUGGAAACACAAGAUGUAAGCAGUGAAAUCAAUAAUAAAGAACACAAUAGGUAUGAACCACCUGCUGAAGGUGUUGAUGAAAGUAGUAGAGAAGGUAUGGAAGAAGAAUCAGAGUCUGAAAACAAAGAAACUACACAUACAGAAAAAGAAAAGCAAAAUGUUGAAGUGAAAUCUCCUGCCAAAGUAUUAGUUGACAAGUUAAAAGAUGUAUCUGCAGUUACAGAAACAAAUGAAAUUGAAACAAAUGAAGACCAAAACAAGGAUCAUGUGGAUACUAAAAGAUCUGAAGAAAGAAAAGAAGUAGAUGAGAGUAAAACUAUUGCUGUUAUUGAAUCUCAAAAAACACAAGAAGAAAACGCUUCAAAAGAUGAUCUACAGGUUGAAAAUAUUAAUAGUGAGCCAUCAAAUAUUGAAAGUCCGUCAUCGACCCAGGUUUAUUCUGUGACAGAUACACAUAAAAUGACUUGGGUUCGUUAUCAUGGGAAAACUGUCACUCAGCUUAUAACUCCUGAUGGAAAUUUUUUUAUAAUGAAAGAAAUUUUGAGACGCUGUUUCCGUAUUCAAGAACCAAACAAAAGUCUAAAAUUCGGUAAAAUAGGAAUUCUUAAAAGAAAAGUUCUAAAGAUUCCAGAUAUUGAGUUAGAGCCUUUGUUUUAUGACUAUGUUGUCAAAAAUUUGGUGGAAAGGAAAGUUAUUAGAACAAUACCGCAGAAAUUCAUAAUAAUUUCAGAAGAAGAUGCAAAUAAAUUGUUUCAUUAUGUAUGCAAAGAUCAGUAUUGUGGGAGUGCCUGUGUAACACCAUUUAUUCAGAGUCGGGCAGCUACAGGUUUGAAACACUCUGAAAUGAAUUCUUCAUCGAAUUCUUCGGCAGUAUCUGACAUCUCGCAAACAAAACCUGUUGUUAAAAAGGAUAGAAACUUAUUUGAUUUUCUUGAAAAAGAGACUGUUUCACCAAAAGUGGAGAAGGGUAUUAGUGAUAACUUGCCUAAAAAGAAAAGACAGAAGCACCCAUCAAGUGAAGUUAUUAAUUUAUGCUCAGAUGAGGAAGAUUCAAAUGGUUAUGACACUGAUAAAACUUUGCCUUACAUUGAUGGAAAACCAACAUCAUUUGCUGAACUGAAAGAAAUGGACAAGAAUAACACUAAGUGUCUAACUGAAAAUGAGAUUAGGAAGAAGGAAACCAGUUGCAACAUUAAAAAGGCUUCAUCUGAUUCAAAUGGUGAUGUUGAAAAUGUGCUACAAAAUGAAACUGGAGACACAUCUGAAAAAUUAAAUAAAAGUAAAUCAGAGAGUGAUAAAACAGAAACUGCUGAAUCUCAGGACUCUGAUAGUGGAAAUAAUAGGUUGAAUAAGUGUAACUCAGGGAAAGAAAUAUUACAUACUAAUAAUACUACUGAUGAAACAGACACUACAGACUUAGAUAACAGUGCUGCUGACAAAUCUCCAAUAGAAAGAAAUAGUGAAAAUCUUAAUAAAAACUGUGAUAUAAUAACUGAAGGCAAAUCACCAGUAGAAGCUAUGAAUAAUUCUCAUGGAAGCAAUACUAAAGAAAUUGAGAAUAAUAAGGUAUCUGAUGAUGAAGUGAUAGUGAUUGAAGAUGAGGAGGAAGAUAAUUCUUUCAGUGAGGAAAAUGAGACUGGUGUUUGUAAACUGACAUUAGAUAGAAUGAAAAAAGAAAUUGGGUUAGGAAGUAAUAUCGACCCCAUUGAAAUUCGGAGGGAAUCUGUUGAAUUAGUUCAGGUGCAUAAUAUUGAUUCAACUGCAGUUUGUGCUGAUAAUUCUGAUAGAUCUGAUACAGGUAAAAGUGAUAAACAGAAACUUGAAUGUGGUGAAAGAGGUAUAAAGAUGAAAACGACAAGUGCAAUAGAGAAGGAAAUAUGUGAUAUUGUAGAUAUCAGUGCAGUUAAUGACAAAUGCAUAAGAGAUGUUGAUAAUGCUAUAAAGUCAGAUAGGACUGUUGAUUUGAGUAUGGAUAUAGACCUAACAGCAGAUGAUGAACAGGAUGUUACCAUAGGAGAGUGGGUUUUCCCAGCCCCUCCAAAAACUUAUCCACAAGAUGGAACUAAGAAACUGGAAGAAGCAAAAGAGACUUUGGACAAGAUCAUAGUGAAAGCUAACAAUGCAAAAAAAACUGAAGAAUUUGUUGAAGUUUUAGACACUGUAUUUAAACUGACUGAACCCCUUAAACAGUGGACCAAUACACUGCUUGAUCACUAUGAAGAAGGACUUCAAAUUGAAGCUCAAAGACUGAGGUCACUCAAUCAACUGAAGUUAAUGGACAUCUCAAAUACUAUAGAACUUGAUGAUGAUGAUGAUGAUGAUGUUGAAAUGGAUUGAAGAGGGAAUGGAACUGUGCUGACCAUGUGACCAAAGUAAUUGUGAAACACAGAUAUACAGUGGAGCAAUAUUAGACAGUUGGUGCUAUAAAUUAAAAAAAAUGUCAGUGUAGCAGUUUUUGGCUGUGAAUUAGAUUUUGUGUUGUAUGUUGAUAUAUGUGUCUAUCAGAUAUAGGUAAUAAUUCACACAGCAAUAGAUAACUAGAGGGGUAAAAUAUGCUGCUAUUUGCUUGGUGUUUGAAAUUAUGCAAACCCUUGCUUAAUAUUUAGAAAUAACUGCUUUGAAAUGGAAUAUAGUAUUAAAAAUCUAUUGGUAUUACAUCUUGGUUUGAAGUUAUUUAAUAGAAUUCAGAGUGGGCAAUAUGAACUGUAUUUUGGAGCAAUAAGCAUUAUUUUCAGUUGAAUUUGCUGGUGCUUCAUUCAAGUUUAUAUGAAAUUUUUGCAAAAGGUUUGAAGAUAUUGUAUCAUUUUAAGUCAAGAAAUAGUUGAUAGAAAAAUUAAAUCAAACAUUAUGUCUUUAAAGCUCAAAUAAGAAGUAGAAUUUUUUUUGUAUUAUUACUUUUUUUUAAUCUAUGCAAUAAUCACAUGUUUGUAUAACCAUUGGUUAGUGUUGAAAGUUAAAAAUAAAAAAGAAACUGUUAAAGUUCAUUUUUUUUUUCACACUGUGACAAGUUUUACAUAGUUUACAUGUAAAUAUUAAAUGUUGUCAUUAUAUACUGUAUAAAUUAGAAAACUGCCAUUCAUGAAUUACCUGCUUUGAAGCAAGUAAAUAUUUUAAAAAGUAAUUCUAAGCAGAAUAUCAUAUAAAAAACUGAUUUACAGUGUGCAGUCUGGAAUUGAGUACUACAGGGGUAAAGGAAAUAAGUGUACUGACCUUCUCACAAUAGGUUUUCAGACCAAACGUAUUUCAAGUUGUUAAGGCCAAUGGCAUUUAAUCAUAUGCCCAUCACUAUGAAACCUGACUAGGGGUGUAGAUAUCUUCCAUACGAGGAGCUAUUCUGCUGGCUUAUUAAAAGGUCAGUGGUUCUACACAGGUGCCCAGCUGUGCGUGCAAUAAUGCCCGGAGGAGCACCUGGGAUCUUGCCGAAGUUUCCAUAUGACCUUCAGUUACGUUUGUUUGAGCUUAAACAAAAAAAAUUGACUCAAGAUACAUGAAUUUGAAAAGUUAAGUCUAAGGGCAAUAGAAACGGCAGAAUGUCUAGAGGGAGCUUAGUUUUGUUAAAAAUUUGUUGCAGACUGUAAACUAGGGUCAAAGGUUACAAGUCUGAGUUUGAAGACCAGUCCAAAAAUUCCAGCAUUUCAUUGGUUGAUUCAGAUUUGAAAUUAACCAAUGACAAGGCUGUAUUCUGAGUCAGAUCUCCAAAGCCAGUUUCAUAACUCUGGAUUGAUACCUUUUUAGAGCAAUUUAUUUUGAUAAUGUGCUGUUGACAGAGCAGUUUACACGCAACUCAAUCGGUCAGUGUUGUAUUUUUAUCUUGCUAAAUAUAUUUUUAUGUGCCAAAUGCAUUAUUUUGACUGACUGCAAACUGUAUGGUUAUUUUGUACUUUGCAGUAUUCAAGUAUGAAUUUAUUUUUCUGUUACAGUAUUAAAAUCAAUUUGAUUGGUUCCCUAGUGAUAAUUAAUGGAUCUUUGUGCUGACAAAAUACUUUAGUAUCUCUUCACCAUGUUUUUUACGAUUUUUGUAACUUCAUUGACAAAAACUAAAAUUUAUGUGACGUUGAAAUCAGUUGUAUUGCUCAUUUUUACACCCACUAGAUCCACCUUUGUGAUCUUUUUAUAGAAAAAGUAGAGCUAUUGCACUCGCCUCGGUGUCGCCGUCGGCAUAGCCGUUGGUUAAAGUUUUUGAUAAAGUCAAAUAUCUCUAUUACUAUCAGAGCUUUUGACUUGAAACUUAAAAUAGUUAUUUACUAUCAAAGUCCACACCAGGAGAAAAAAUCCUCACCACUCUGAUUGAAAUUUUGACAGUUAUGCGCCUUUUUAACUUAGAAUAUUUUCGUUAAAGUUUUUAAUAAAGUCAGAUGUCUCAGUUGCUAUCAAAGCUUUUGACUUUAAACUUAAAGUAAUCAUUUACUAUCAAAGUCUAAACCAGGAGAAACAAUCCCCAUAACUCUGCUUUGAAUUUGGACAUACUUAUGCCCCUUUUUUACUUAAGAAUUUUCUGUUGAAGUUUUUACUGGCAAAGCUCUAAUUCAGAGUCAAGUACGGGAGAGGGAAUGGGUGUGGGGGUGGCACUUAAGAUUUGUUUUUAUCCGUCUUGGAUUUGUUUUGUUGAUAUGUUUGGUAUUUCAUUAAGUAAGACCCUUGACUUAGUCAAAAAAAUAUGCAUAAAAGACUUGGUGUGUGUAACAUUGUGUCUCAAAAAGUAUUUGACCUAGAAUCAUAGAACUACAGAGAUGUUGUUCAGCAUGUGAAGUUUAUCUAGAUUUACCUGCAAUAUAUGUAUAUAUAAGAAAUAUAUUUGUUACAGUUUCUUUUAGCUUUGGUUUAGUCAUGCAUUUUUAACUAGCAGCUUUUGACUGUACAGUGACAGUAUGUGCAUCAGUGUCACAUGCACACACAUCUAGUUCAUGUCUAGCAUCAGUACUUGAAAUUUCACCUCCUGAAAUCUUUAACUGUUAUGCCGAAUGUUUUGUAUGUUUUUCAAAUACACAGUUCAUUCUGCCCUCUAAUCAUUUUGUUUGCAUCAGUUGCUUGUACAUUUUUAUCUUUUCAUAAUUUUGGGGGUAAGCUUUAAAUUUUUUGUUGUGCCAAAUAAAUUUGUAUGCAAUUUUUUAAUGUUACCACCAUUUGUGUUUAGAUUGACAGAGAUUUUAUAACAGAAUUAAGAUGUACAAUGAGUAAUGAUUAAGUCUCUACUAACAAUCAAAAAACUUCUGUUUGUAUAUGGUUAUAUCAAGAAAGACAAACACUUAAGUUAUAAUUUCUCUGUCCUUAAUUGUUGUCUUUAUACCUCCACCAGAUAUGUUUCUGUUGGGUGCGGCUAUAUAAGAAUCACUGUGUCCUGUCCAGUCUGUCUAAAUUUAUAUUCCUUAAAUAUCUCGGGGUGUGGGGGGAGGGGAGGGGGGAACCAAUACAGAUCUAAUUUUGAAACUUAAAACAGGCAUGACGGAUAUUGAGACAAGUUGAGGUACCAGGUUCAUAUUUCUGACUUUUCCUUUGACAAAAUUAUUACUUUUUUGCGCUCCAAAAAAUGUCCCAUCCCAUCGUUCUUGUAUUGUUUUCAGUAAAUAUUUGAUAACUGAUAUAGAUUUUAUUUUGAAUAUUUGCGCAGACUUAAAGAUCAGGAGACAAGUUCACAUACCCAAAACUUUUUUUUUUUUUACUAAACUGCUACUAUAAUUUCACUCCAGAAACUGUCCCACCUCAUCGUUCCUUGAACAUCUUUGAAACGUAUUCCAGUUUGAAUAGACUUUAACAAGUUCACAUGCCAUAUUUCACACUUCUGACUAUUCUUUUGACAAAUGUGUUUUGCUUUUUGCAGUCAAAAAAUCAUGUCACAUUCCAUCUGUCCUGAAUUGUUUUCCAUGAAUGUUUCUGGAAGCAAUACGCAUAUCUUUUGAAACUAAAAACAGACUUUAAAGAUCAUGAGACAAGUUCACUAUCCAGGUCCCAUAAAUCUGACUUUACUUCUGACAAUAUUAUUUCACAUUUUGCACUCCAAAACAUGUCCAGUCCUAUCUGUCAUGCAUUAUUUUCAUUGAAUAUUUCUGGAACAGAUUCAUAUAUAUUAUUUUGAAACUGAAAUCAGACUUUUAAAAUGAUAAGAGUAGUUCACAUACCAAGUCCCAUAAUGCUGACUUUUGUUUUGACAAAAUUAUUUCCCUUUUUGCUCAUUGAGAGUGUCCCAAAGUGAUGCUUCCUUCAGUAUUUCUGAAAUUUACCAUGCAUUGGAGUGAAACUUCACACAGACCUUUUUUGUCUUAAUGCAAGUUUACCCAUCUACAUGUAGUUUCAUAACUCUACCUUUUAUUUUGAUAAAAUUCUUCACUUGGGAAAUGUGUCAAAAUUGUAGUUUUUCUUGAUUAUCUUUGAAGCCAAUAGAUUUUAACAUUAACCUCCGAGACCAUAAAACAAGUUCGCACAACAAGUUCCUUGAAUCUGACCGCUAUUUAUAACAAAGUUGUCUCCCUUUUCAUUCACCUUUUUGAACAGUGACCAGUUGGUGAGACAGUCCGACACCGUGAUAGAUGACAAUAAGAGAAAAUGUAUUUCUGAUAGGUUUCGGGGGUAUGAAUCACAAGUAGUGAUAGCUCUAGUUACUAGUUACCAAAGUUUUGCUGUUGAAAUUAGCAAAUGGCUGCCUAUACUUUGGAAGUUUUUUAAGACCUAUUUAUCUGGUAUCCAGAACUGUAUUCAUUAGGUAUUUGUUAACCUGUUAUGUAUGAAUAUGUAUUAAUCAAUGAAUAUGUAUUAAUUAUAAUCAUGUAACAAAUCUUAGAAGUUAUUAUGAAUCAAAAAUAACAAAAAAGACAACAGAUUGAAUAAAUAAUGAUUGGGUCUUGACAAUGUGACAGUGAAGACAGUUAGAAUCUGUCUUGUCACAGAUCUCGGGCGAAUAAUCUUGUGUAGCUUUUUCUUGAUGAGAUAUUGUAACUGUAAUUUAAGUUUCACAAAAUUUAAAGUCAACCUUCAUUUGCUCGAAUUGAAUGUGUUUGGCAAAAUUAGUUCAAGCUAUCUGUAGUUCCAGCUUUGGAACAAUAUACAUGAUAAUAUUAAUUUCACCGGGACCUGAUGAUGAGUUUGAGCGAAGGGUGGUGUUCGAAUUGUCCGAGUUCGAGCGAACGAAGUUCGACUGUUUAGUAGUUAGGACAAUGUUUUUUUUUAGAAAUAAAAUUAUCAUGUUACAACCUGCUGAAACUGUUCGGAUGCUGCAAAUGCUGCUUACAAGCAAUACUUUUAUGUACAUUGUCAUACUAUUGUCACAGAUUUUCAAAGAAUAAGUAUAAAGUAUUGUUUGUAUUAUUGUUUUGGUUAUUUUAGUUCAUUAUUGGAUGCAGAUAUUUUUAUUUCUUUAAGUGCUAUGUACACAGUUGUUCAUUUGUUUGUCUUUUUGAAGCAAGUUAUAUGUAAAUGAAUAAAUGUACAAGGUUUCUAUAA